GCGCCGCGGGGCUGCUGGGCUCGGCCUGGCGCUUGUGGCUCCGUGGCGCUUCCUGCCACGCCGGGCCUGGGCCGCGUCAGCGCCGCUCCGCCGAGGGCAGCGCAUCGGCCGCCGCCGGGCCGGGGAUUCGGUGACAUUUGGCGACGUGGCACAGUACCUCAUCAAAGGGAGUGGCUGAGGCUGGACCCUGAGCAGAGGACACUGGCAUACUGGAGGAGCGUGACCUCUGUGGGAGUUCCUGUUUUGAAUCCGAACUCGGUCUCAUACCUGGUGCAAGUCAGACCCAUCCCCUAACGUGGAUUGAGCUGAGCAUUCAGAAAGCAUCUGGGGGACCCAACAGCCGCCGAUGGGUGAGGACACCCAGUCACAGGAGAUGGCGUCCACGAGCUCCCCGAGGGCCAGUGAGCCCAGCCCUGAGGUCAAACAGAACGGGGACUCUGAGGGGAGGGGAGGGAGCCCCCAGAAUCUGCCUGUAGAACAUCACUUUGCGUGUAAAGAGUGUGGGGAUGCCUUUCGGCUUAAGGUCCUCCUCGUGCAGCACCAGCGAAUUCACAGUGAGGAGAAGGGCUGGGAGUGCUGCGAUUGCGGGCAGGUCUUUCGGUGGGUGUCUGAGUUCAACGAGCACCGGAAGAGCCACGUGGUGGCAGAGCCCCAGCCGGGCCCCAGCCGGGCUGUCGACGAGGCCAUGGAGAAGAAGGAGCAAAUGGAGAGGGAGGCGAAGCCCUUCGAGUGUGAAGAAUGUGGGAAAAGGUUCAAGAAGAAUGCGGGCCUCAGUCAGCAUCUGCGCGUCCACAGCCGAGAGAAGCCCUUUGACUGUGAGGAAUGCGGGCGCUCCUUCAAAGUCAACACCCACCUCUUUCGCCAUCAGAAGCUGCACACUUCAGAGAAGCCCUUCACCUGCAAGACGUGUAGCAGGGAUUUCCUGGAUCGCCAGGAACUUCUCAAGCACCAGCGGAUGCACACCGGCCACCUGCCCUUCGACUGCGACGACUGCGGCAAGUCUUUCCGAGGGGUCAAUGGCCUGGCCGAGCACCAGCGCAUCCACAGCGGGGCCAAGCCCUACGGCUGCCCCCACUGCGGCAAGCUCUUCCGGAGGAGCUCAGAGCUCACCAAGCAUCGGCGGAUCCACACGGGCGAGAAGCCGUACGAGUGCGGCCAGUGCGGGAAGGCCUUCCGGCAGAGCUCCAGCCUCCUGGAGCACCAGCGCAUCCACACCGGGGAGCGGCCCUACGCCUGCGGCGACUGCGGCAAGGCCUUCCGGGGGCCCUCCGACCUGAUCAAACACCGGCGCAUCCACAGCGGACUGAAACCCUACGAGUGCGACAAAUGCGGGAAGGCCUUCCGCCGGAGCUCCGGCCUGAGUCGCCAUCGGAGGACCCACAGCGGAGCAAGACGCUGUGAGUGCAGCGAGUGUGGCCGCGUGUUCAAGAGGCGGUCGGCGCUGCAGAAGCAUCAGCCGAGCCACCACGAGUAGGGAAGGCCCGCGGCCCCACGGCUGGCAGCGGAUUCCUGCGGGGGCCGGGUCCCUAGAGGGGGAGGGCGGAGUCAAAGGAGAUGAACAGUUUUGUAGCGCUUAUAUAUUUUCUCUUCAGAAAGGUUGAAACCAAUUUAUACUGCCACCAGCAAUUUAUAAGUGUUCGUGUUUCCCAUUUUGCCUAUAGAGAGUAGCUGCUACCAUUCUGAUUGAUUUUGGCUGGUUCAACUGUCACUGAAUACCUUCAAGGUAUUUAAAUCCACAGGCCUUGAAUCUGAGGAGAGAAGAGAAACCUGGAUGUGGGGGGUGAAGCUGGGGAUGCCGAGUCCUCUCCUCCAAGCUCCCCCUUCAGGGAAACUGAGACCCAGAGCUAUUCAACCAUGGCGUCCAUAGAAUGUGACCCCUACUUUCCCCGACAGAAAAUGGAUCGCCCCAAAGUUUUUUUGGCCUACUUGAAUUUACAAAUUUUUAGGGUUGUAGAUAGAAUAAUCAAAUGUCUUAUAAUAUUUAAUUUAUUAAUUUAGUUAUACAUACAUAUUGUAAGUCACAUGUUAUAUAGAAUAAUAUAUUAAUUUAGAAAAUAUUCCUUUUUUCCCUAGCUCUGUUCUAUGAGAUCAUUUUAUUCUAAUUCCUCAUAUGAAUUUGUAACCUCACGGUCAACACCAACCUCAGAGCCCCUUUGGAGUCAUCAUUUUCAAAGCACACAUCCAAUGACUUCCAUCCAUCCAAGCUGUGUGCCACGUAGCACUGUGACAAUCCCUGCACAAAGCUCUCACUAGAUAUUGCCUCCCAAGCCAUGAGUACAGGUUCCUGUAACAUUAGAAUGAUUGUUGCCAUUUUUCAGGUUGCAACCACUUAAGGUGUUCCUUUUUUAAAUGACCUUUAAGAGGCUUUUUUUUUUUUUUUUAAGCAUCGAAGACUUGUCAUUGUGAGGUCAUACUCUUAAGAAGAAGUACUAAAUCUGAGUUAAAUUUCUUUUGUUUCCUUUUUUCUUAAACCAAUUCAACCUGGUGACUCCCAGGCAUAUCCAAAACUAGCAUCAGCUGCGGUUUGUUUCGGGCUAAUGGGUCUUGUCCUCAAGCAGCACUAUUUUAUUCAAAAUCGAGUAGUUGAGAGAGUAUUGCCCUAAUAACAGGGACGUCUCAAGGACUCAAGUGUAAGGUGACACCUCCUUUUCGGGAACAAUAGCCUCUCCUCAUAUGGGACCUAGAUGGUACUUCUCCAGUCCUCCAUUCCCACCUCUGUAAAGUGGGGAUGAUCACAGGACUACCGCCUAAGGUUACCGCGAGGACGGCGACGCCGCGCCUGGCACGGAGGUGCACACUCAGUGAAGUCAUCUGCCAUCAUCACCAUGGUUAUCGCUGUUGUUCUAUGACUCAUUAGUACCCGAACUGGGGAUGGAACCAGGCCUCCUGACUCCUAGUCUCAUCUUCUUUCUCUCACGUGAUGACUUAAAGUACUGUUUCUGUUUCUUUGCAUGCAGAUCGUACACUCAUCUCCUUUGACCAGUUAUCAAGUUACCUUUGGAUAUAUUGACUUUAUACAGUGGUUCUUUCUAUAUCGAUUGUGAUGAUCUCUUUUCCAGUUUUAUUGCUUUGCUCUUUGUAGCAGUUUUAUUACAUUUUUGUUGUGCAAGCUUUUGAUUUUUACAUAUCCAAGCAUUCAUUGUUGUCAGUUCGUAACUUCCGUUGCUUUAGUAGUUAGAGACAAUGACAAUUUCUUCUAGAAUUUGAAUUACAAAUGAAAAGUUGAAAGCCCUGCCCCACCAGAAGGUGGAUGCUCCAGGUGGGCAGGCUGGAUGGAAAUGGGCCAGAGACGCAGGCUCAUUCCUCAUCCAAGAUGCAGACUCUGCAUGUCUGUGGGGAGUGCUUGACUAUCCAACCUGGCCACUCAGGCACUCGAGAGGAAUUUCCAUCUCGGAUUGGCCAGAACACUCUGACUAUUCCUCAGUAUAGCCCUAGCCUUCAGCAGCAGGGCUGCGCCUCACCUAGAUCAAUGGGGUGGUCCAAACUUGGUCUUGGCAGCAGCUGGCCAACCUUCCAGCUCCUGGGAGCCUUGGCCGUGCUCGGCGUGGAUUCAGUGCUUGAGCAGCGGGUCCACCCAAGAGACAUCUCAAACACAAGAAGACUCACCCAACUAACACCGUCACAUGGAUGGCAUCUUCCUCCUAGAGAGUGAUUCUGGAACUAGAAAGAGGUCGGUUUGGUGGCUUCCGCUUUUGGCAACUAGGGGGAAAUUCAGCCAUGUGUUCUGACGUCACCUCCUGCAGCCACACCUAAGAGGGGUGACAGAGCAAAGGCUCGGAAACCAACUGUGCCCCUCUGAUGGUCACACCAGGCGUGGGCUGUGACUUGCAACAGCCUUGCCCAGGAGGGACAAAAAAACAAGGGUUUGGAGGGCAAUGAUGCCCUUCUGACGAUGGCCUGUGUGGCAUAGAAAUAAAGGUUGAUCAUCCUGAGGCUGGGUUGUCACUUUCAGCAGCCUCCCUCGGGAGGAACAGCAGCAAGGGCUGGCCAGGAACCUGGCCCCUCCAGCGGCCUGCAGAGCCCGCAGGUAGAAGUCAGCCUCACCGGGGCUGUAGUAUGACUUCCCAGCAGCUGUGCCCGAGGUAGAGGGGGCACUAGUGGGCCUGCCAAAGAAUGGCGCCCUUCUGACAGGCCCACUGAGGCUAGGAAGCAGGGUCCCACGGUGACCCUUGUGACCUUAGCCAGAAGGUACUCUGGAAUGGCCCCCAGGCCACACCAGUGGCUCUCUGCAAUGUCUCCAUCCUGACCCCCGGGCUGGAGAGAAGCUGACAGCACUUGUUACAUAGCGAUUCUUUCUGUUCUGGGGGCCUCAAUUCUUGCAGUAGUUGUGAAUCUGUGUCUGAAAUCACAACUUCCUUCUCUCAUCAGUUUUCUCUUUUCAAGCUGUUAUGACGUAUUUGCUACAACUGUCAUUUGGUAAGGAAUGUUGGCAUCCCCCGGGGGGCAAGUCUGGCGCCCUUACCUGGAAGAAACCUGCCAUGUCUUGCCCAGGUUUUAUGAAGGAUCCAGAUGCAGAACUUAGCAUUGUCGUCACCGCUCCACUGUCCCCAGCCAGGACACGCAUCUUGGCAUCCCGUCAUGCCCUCCUUUCCUUUGUUCCAUUCUCAGUUCUAUGAUUUUCUCUCGAACAAAUCGUGCGCCGGAGUGAACACGUCUUUUCCGUCACUGUGUUUGCGGGUGAAGUCCGUGCUCUCUCUGUGGCUUUAACGUGUGUCCUGUAGUUGCUCCAAGUUCAGUGUUUGCCUCUGGUCCCUGGGGGGUGGACUUCCUUGGACUCUCUAGGUCUACUGCUACAUCAGAUGCAAAAUGUGAUCAGACUUGCUGUCGUGUGUGCUUGUCUAUGCAUUUGUGUAUCUACCUCAUUUCAUUUUUCUUUCUAAUCACACGUAUUCCUUUUGCAAGGCAAACAGAGAGCAGGUGGGUGAUGUAGAAUGCCAGCUCUCCUUCAAAAUAGGUCCUUUUCUUAUAUUCUGAAAAACCCUCCAUUGCUUUUAUUAAAGUUUUGAAUACUUGCUGAAAUUUUCAAAAGAAAGUAACUGUUUACCACUUUUGCUGCUUAAUAAGAUUAACUGUGUGGAUUACUUGUGUCAUACCCACUCUCAUGUUUCCAGAAUGAACCCCAUCCGGUCACAGUGGGCAUCUCUCGUGCUUGGGGUUGCAUUCCACGUGCCUGGGGCUCCGGCCCCAUUGUGUGCCAUGUGGUCCCCACCCUGUCAAGGCCACAUUAAUUCAACCAGAACUGAGCAUCUGACUCAAGGGCAGCAGCUGGUCGACAGAGCUGGAGACAUGGAGCAGACCUUUCAGGUUCUCCAACUGUGAAGUGCAAACAAGGAAACAGAGAAGUUUCUAAUUGGUGCUGGAAGGAAGAGGGCGCCACCUGGGAUUUAGAGGAGUUGCCCCCAUGGGCGGCACUGGCUUGAAGAUCUAUGGGCUCCUGCUGGACACCCCAGCACCGCAAGGGAGGCGUGGCCCAGUUACCUUCUGGGAUCUGUGGCGACUGCCCUCACUGGUCCACUUGUGUGCCUGCCAUAGACUCCCUUGACCUGAGCCAGCUUGAGUGGGUCUCUGCUUUUUGCAGUCUGUCAAGAGCAAUUGCAUUGUCCCAUUUGGCCGCUUCCUGAGAAGAAUCACAUGGCUGGCUUUCCUCAUGUCCUACCCGGCCCUCAUUCCUGUCCCAAGUCCCACCUGGCUGUCGUAAACACCUGUUUUAAAUGUGGUACUGUAUUCUGUUUGCUAAGAUGGGUACAAAUCUAUGCCUCCUAGUCUCAGUGACUUUGACCAUUGCUUUUCUGUCUGGGCAUUGUUCCUGUACUGACCCCAUGUUUGCCCCAGGAAAUGAGUUAAGUCACCACCCACCCUGUUCUUUAUUUUGGAAGUGUCUUGCUACUUCCAGCAAAUCCGUCAGAUUGGGGAAUUGAUAACUUCUGUAUGACUAGUAGACUUACAUUGUGUAGUUCUCAUUGCAUCAGUUUGGGUGUUUAUUUUCAAAAGUAGAAGUGAUCUCUUUAAACACACAUGGCCUUCAGCAUUACUUGCAGAUCUGAGAACAGCUCUGUCCUGCCCCAGUGCGUAUUUUGGUUGUUGGCACUCUUUCCUCAUUCCUCCCCAGUCUCCUUAACUCAUCUGUUCUAUGGCACUUACUAUACUCAGCCUUGCACUAGAGCUUCGCCCUCCCCACCCUCCCCCACCUGUUAGAUUGUGAGCUCUUAGAAGACAGGGGUGGCCCUUCAUGUCUGAUUCCCCUUCCAAAUCUAGCACAGUGCCUUGCAUCGAGUAGAUUUCAAUAAAUAUAUGUUAA